UCCAACGUGUGCUACAUCUGGUGGCACUAGUCUUGGUGCAUCACUCCUGGGAGCAGUCUGCAGUUUUGUGUGUGAGCAAGAUGGAGGCCAGCCUGUCUGAUUUUAACAUCGAUGCCCCUCGUUGGGACCAGUACACUUUCCUGGGGAGGGUGAAGCACUUCUUUAACAUUACGGACCCCCGCACUGUCUUUGUAUCAGAGCGAGAGCUGGACUGGGCCAAGAUGAUGGUGGAGAAGAGCAGGAUUGGGGUCAUACCCCCAGGUACUCAAGUGGAGCAGCUGCUCUAUGCCAAGAAGCUAUAUGACUCAGCCUUCCAUCCUGACACUGGGGAGAAGAUGAAUGUCAUUGGGCGGAUGUCCUUCCAGGUUCCUGGAGGCAUGAUCAUCACAGGCUUCAUGCUCCAGUUCUACAGGACUGUGCCGGCAGUGAUUUUCUGGCAGUGGGUGAACCAGUCCUUCAAUGCCUUAGUCAACUACACCAACAGGAAUGCCGCUUCCCCUACAUCAGUGAGGCAGAUGGCCCUUUCCUACUUCACAGCCACAACCACCGCAUUGGCCACCGCUGUGGGCAUGAACAUGUGGACAAAGAGAGCGCCACCCUUGGUGGGCCGCUGGGUGCCCUUUGCUGCUGUGGCUGCAGCUAACUGUGUCAAUAUCCCAAUGACGCGACAGCAGGAACUCAUCCAGGGCAUCUGUGUGAAGGAUGGGAAUCAGAAUGAGCUUGGCCAUUCCCAGAGAGCUGCAGCUAUAGGCAUCACCCAGGUGGUAAUUUCCCGGAUCACCAUGGCUGCCCCUGGCAUGAUCUUGCUGCCAGUCAUCAUGGAAAGGCUGGAGAAACUGCAUUUCAUGAAGAAAGUCAAGGUGCUGCAUGCCCCAUUGCAGGUCAUGCUGUCUGGGUGCUUCCUCCUCUUCAUGGUGCCAGUGGCAUGUGGGCUCUUCCCACAGAUAUGCAAAUUACCAGUUUCCUAUCUGGAACCAGAGCUCCAAGACACCAUCAAGGCCAGCUAUGGAGAACAUGUACCUUAUGUCUACUUCAAUAAGGGUCUCUAAAUGCCCCGCUCCAGCAAAGACCAGUGUAUACCCAUAUUUGCACACCUGUCCUCCAUCCUCUUUGCCAACAAGGCCUGAGAAUCAUGCUGGAUAGGGGGAGGGUAGGGUAGUUGGGUGCAUCUACCCAAGCAACUAUUUUGUUGGACUCCAGGGGAUAAACAUGAAAAAGGGACUUGGGGUUAUUGCUCAGUAGUGAGAGUUUGCCUAGCAUGCAUGAGUUCCUGGGUCCAUCCCCCAACAUUGCAAAAAAGGAAAAA